UAGAGUCAUGAUUACUAUGAAAUGGCUGUGGAAGUUCUUUUCAAUGUGACGAAUUUCUCUCUCUCUCCCUCCUCUCUGUAGAAAAUGGCUCCGGAGGUUAAAUGAAACCGGGCAGACUCGUCGAUGCCGCAUCGCAGCCCCUUCCGCGGUUCGGGGACGGAUCCCAGCGAGGAAUUGAUCCUCCCCCCACCCCCGGCCCCGGUGACCGGUCAGAAUGAAGAAGAUCAGUCUGAAAACCUUCCGGAAAUCCUUUAACUUGAACAAAAGCAAAGACGACGCUGAUUUCAUGGUGGUCCCGCAGCGCUCACUGGCCGGCGACUUCGGGAAGGAGGACUCGCUUUUUGGCAGCUGCUACGGGAAAGAGAUGGCCAGCAGCGACCUGCAGGGCGACGACGAGAAGAGCGGCAAGGGCCGGGCCAAGAGCGAGAGCCUCAUGGGCACCCUCAAGAGGCGGCUGUCGGCCAAGCAGAAGCCCCGGGGCAAGGGUGCUGGCACCUCGGGGGGCACAGCCGACGAGGACACCUUCUCCUCUGCCUCGGCACCCAUUGUCUUCAAGGACGCGCGUGCACAGCGGCCCAUGCGCUCCACAUCGCUGCGCGCCCACCACUACAGCCCCACACCCUGGCCGCUGCGGCCCACCGCCUCGGAGGAGACCUGCGUCAAGGUGGAGGUGCGCGUGAAGGCGCUGGUGCAUGCAGCGGGCCCUGGCCCCGCCCUGAACGGUGUGCGCAAGGAUCUGCAUGCGCCCCCCGAGCCCACAGGGCCCAACCCGACGGGCAGCCCGCACGCUGCCGACCUGCGCUUGCAGCUAGACGACCGCGUGCCCGUUGCGCUCGGCCUGAUGUCUCAGGCCUACCUCCAGUACACUGUGCCUUUAGACGACGGGAUGUACCCGCUCGAGAGCUCGCCGCCCUUCUGCCUGGACGGCUCCUCGCCCAUGGAGGUCUCCGCCGUGCCCGCGCCCGGGGGAGGUGGCACGCUGCCGCCGCCCUCGCCAGACGCCGACUGCGGGGAGUCGGACCUGGGCGCCGGCCGGGGUGCCUUCACCGAGCCGCCUUUGAGUGGCCUACUGGUGGGCACCACAGGCAUGCCGCUGCAGAGCCCCUGCGCCGGGCCCGAGGACGUGCCCCCACUCUCCCCCUUGCUACCUCCCAUGCAGAGCCAUCCGAUCCAAAGGAACUUCAGUGGCCUGGCCGGGCCCGACGGCCACUUGCCGGACAGCGUGCGCUGCCACUUGAAUUUCGACCCCAACUCCGCACCCGGGGUGGCCAGGGUCUACGACUCGGUGCAGAGCAGUGGGCCACUGGUGGUGACCAGCCUGACAGAGGAGCUCAAGAAGCUGGCCAAGCAGGGCUGGUACUGGGGGCCCAUCACCCGCUGGGAGGCCGAGGGGAAGCUGGCCAGCGUGCCCGACGGCUCCUUCCUGGUCCGGGACAGCUCAGACGACAGGUACCUGCUCAGCUUGAGCUUCCGUUCCCACGGCAAGACCUUGCACACGAGGAUCGAGCACUCCAACGGCAGGUUCAGCUUCUACGAGCAGCCCGACGUGGAAGGGCACACGUCCAUCGUGGACCUCAUCGAGCACUCCAUCCGGGACUCGGAAAACGGCGCCUUCUGCUACUCCCGGUCGCGCCUGCCCGGCUCGGCCACCUACCCGGUGCGGCUGACCAACCCGGUGUCGCGGUUCAUGCAGGUACGCUCGCUGCAGUACCUGUGCCGCUUCGUGAUCCGCCAGUACACCCGCAUAGACCUGAUCCAGAAACUGCCUUUGCCAAACAAAAUGAAGGACUAUCUGCAGGAGAAGCACUACUGAAAGGCCAAGGGGUGGGGGGCGCGCACCCUGCACUUUGGGCGCGAGAGGACAUGAUCAAGAAACCGUUUACACACUUUUCCGUCACGCGCCGGGAACUUCUGCUGCCAGCACGAUUUCGGUUUUGUGUGUCCGGAGCCCUGCCCCAGACCCGGGGUGGGGAAGUGUGUGCGUGUGUGUGCGCGCGCGCGUGUCGGGCCAGCUACCUUGGUUUUCUUUUCUGUUCUUUCAAAAGGGACGCCUGGAGGUUUGGGGAGCGCGCGUCGGCUUUCCUCCAAGUGCGGAAUCAUCACAAUGUGAACCUUUGCAUUCUCCCCAACCCGGCCCCGGCCUGCCCCCUUUGCUGCUAUCCACUGUGAUUUUUAUGCAUCAGAAGCACAUUUCAUGUGUGUCCAGCCCUGUGUAAGGUCGAAGGGAGCGAGCAGAGUGGAAACCGAUGCCUCUACCAGCCUCCCUGUCCCUUCUUAGGAAGGUGGCAUCGACAAAAUUGGCCCCUAUCCCCCAAGUCUGCCACCUUGCACCCUUAGAAAGAGUGGGUUAGAAAUACGAGUCACCGAGAGGCGGGGGUGGGGGGCUGGGGAAGGCAGACUACACAAUUUGUCUUUUCCAAAGCUCAUUUCUAAGUCAUUGUUUAUUUUUAGGUUGUACUGAUUUUGGGGGUGGGGGGCUGGUGAGAAGUGGGGUUUUGUUUUUUUCUGUUGCCUUCAUGUCCAUCUUGUGGCUUGUCUAUCUUGAAAAAAAAAAAAAUAAUAAUGGCCUUACAUGAAAAAUUCUUAAAGAAAUGUAUACCACCAAUGUUGAAAAAGCGUUGCCUUUUCUGCGGUUAAAACUCUGGUACAAAUUGGCAUACAGAUGAAAACCUGUGGAAUGAGAGCUGUUAUUAAAGACAUGCUAGUUGAUCAAG